UUAUUGGGGGACAGAAUUGUCAAUGUUACUGCUACGAUACUUUUUGUUUUUGACACCUGUGGUCAAAUCAAUAUAUAUUGGUUACAUGGCUAAACGAAAAGGACAUAAUUCUUCAGAAAUCGAAAGGUUGAAAUCUCUAAUCUUUGCGGAUGGCAAAAUAGCACCCUUCUAUUUGCGCAUGGGGGGUACCAAGACCUGUGGAAUGUCCCUCCUUUCUGAAGAAUGGGCGGUGACAGCAGCUCAUUGUUUGGAGACUUUUUCAACUAGUGGAAUUGAGGUCAACGCUGGUCUGUUCGAUUAUCGAACCGAUUCAGAUGGCACCUUUUCGCAUGGCACCAUUCAGACAAGAGAAGCCGAAAUGACUUUUCUUCAUCCUCUCUAUGGAAAAUUUACUGGUACUAAUAACGAUGUUGCUUUGGUUAAAUUUGCACAGCCAUUUGAAUUUAAUGAAAAUGUAACGAAGAUUGACAUUGAUGACAAAAUUCCAAGUACAGGCGAAAGAGUAACAAUGGCCGGGUUCGGAAGGACAUAUCAAUCUGGUACAAUGAAGUUGCGAUACAUAACCCAGCCUGUUCCAGAACAACGCCUUGUGAAUGCAGCUGCGGUGGACGACUCUAUCUUUUGCCAUGGUAGAAACGGAAUGAAGGUGAACUUCGCAGGUCAAGGAGAUUCUGGUGGUCCUGUGUGGAUAGUUAGGGACGGCGUUCCCAAACUGGCUGGAGCCGUCAGCUACGGGCUGAUACACAUUUGGAGGAAUGCGUAUACUUGUAGCGCUGCUCUGCCAAAGAUGCAUUCUUGGAUAAAGGAGACUAUGAAAAGAAAGAUAACACGGUUGACUCCGACAAAGUCCAAGCAAGUUUUCUCAUGGUCAAACAAAGGGAGAAAUCACGACAACGAAUUCAUUAUUUUUGACUGUGGUAACUGUACUGUUUCAAUAAAACAUUUUGAAUGGGAUUUUGGAAGGUCCGAAGAGAGUUGUCAAGGAUCAUUUAUAGAGAUUUAUAACGAGGCAUUCAGGACUAUAAAGACAAAGAGUGGCAUAAUGAAACUCACUCCUAAUAUGAAAAAGACAGAUUAUUACAACGGUUGGAAUCUAACAGCUCCUUUAAAGAUUAACAUCUACGGAACAUUCACCCCUGGUCGUGGUAACAAUGUCAAAAUAAAGUUUAAUUAUAGACUUUUCGACGAAAAACAACGUGUUUAUGAAACUGAGACAUGUGACGGUCACAAGUCGUUUAGGUGUGACGAAGAAAUGGACUGCAUGGACAUGAGAGACGAAAUAGAUUGCAAUUACAACGAUACUAUACCGGAAAAGCAAAACAAGUACACUGUGGGGUGCUACCCAGAUGAUUACAAGUGUCCCGGAGAGAGCAAGUGUAUCAGGCAAUCCCAGAUCUGUGAUUUUGCCGAGGAUUGCAUAUAUGGAGAGGACGAGUAUAGAUUUAGGGACAAUUCGAGCUACUAUUGUAAUUACACGAAAGUUUUUUAUUCCCACGCUACGGGAAUAGGAUCAAUUAUUUCUGGGAUUAGUGUUGUAUCGCUGUUCCAUAUGUGCGUAUACCUUUGAGGAAAUUUAUUCAGUACAAUGUACAUGUAGUAAUGUUAUUAAUAUUAUUUAUGCUAAACAUACAUGGUAAUUUCGUUGGCACUCAGUGGUUUUUAGUGCGAACUUUUCGUAUAAGUCAAGUUCUCUGUUAAAUAUCAUUUUUAUUUUUACAUAAGCUUAUUUAUUAUUUAUUUUGAAUUCUGGUAUCUGUAUUAAUCAUAAACUUAUAAGAAUUUUCAUAAUCAAAAUAUACUUAA